AUGAGCGAUUUCGGUAGGAGGACGUGGGAUAAGUCGCAGUACGUGGGUCAAGGCAAUGCGGGCACAGAAUGGAACUUAUCCGAGGACGCACUACAGCAGUUGAAAUGGAAGUAUACGCAUCCGCACGAGUUGCUCUCCCAUGAGGUAUCGCAGUUGAAUAAACGGGUGUUGGGGGCUGGCGCGGGCGCGGGCACGACGGGCAAGAGGGGCAAACAGUUUGGGUUCUAUUGCGAACUGUGCGACGUCACGGUGAAGGACUCGUUGCAGUUCGCGGACCACUUGAACCACCCAGCGCAUAGGGUCAUGUUCGAGACCGUGUUGGGGGAACCGCUCAUCUUGGAACAGCGGGAUAACGACGACAUACCGAUAGACGAGUUUGCUGAGCAGUACGGGGAGCUCGUUGGGAAGUUCGUGAGGGCACACUCGACAACAGUUCCCGCGGCUCGAAGGGAUAACAGGGCGAAGAGGCCAAAGAAGAACAGCAUUGACAUGCCGUCAAGCGAGGUGGGCAAUGUGAUGGGGUUUGCCUCUUUUGGGGCGAAAUGA